UGAAGGUUGUGCUGCUCUGGCUUCAGCUCUGAGAUCAAACCCCUCACACAUGAGAGAACUGAAUCUGACUGGGAAUAAACUAGGAAAUUCAGUGAAUCUGCUCUCUGAUGUACUACAAAAUCCUCACUGUAAACUGGAGAUACUGUGGUUGAAUUAUUGUGGCGUCACAGAUGAAAGUUGUGCUGCUCUGGCUUCAGCUCUGAGAUCAAACUCCUCACACCUGAGAGAACUGGAUCUGAUUGGGAAUAAAAUAGGAGAUUUGGGAGUGAAUCGUCUCUGUGCUGUACUGAAGGAUCCUCACUGUAAACUGGAGAAACUGCGGUUGAGGGAUUGUGGCGUCACAGAUGAAGGUUGUGCUGCUCUGGCUUCAGCUCUGAGAUCAAACCCCUCACACCUGAGAGAACUGGAUCUGACUGGGAAUAAACUAGGAAAAUCAGGAGUGACGUUACUCUCUGAUUUGAAAGAUGAUCCACAUUAUAAACUGGAGACAUUAGACUGUUGACUCUCAGUAUUUAGACAUCAAUCCAGUUUCCUCAGGAUCAGCUGCUGGUGAAUAAGGAGCUGCUACAGAGACGUCACAGUCACACAAUCACCAGAGACUGAAGACACAGAGACACACAGCAUCACACUGUCAUGUGUGUCAUCUUUCACUGUCUUGUUUUAUCGGUAAUGGCCCAUGAAACUGAGUGCACAAUAGUUUUGAAUUCACUAGAUAUUGUCUACAAUGUACAUCAGAUGUCCAAUCUGGCCGCUGGGAUGAUUUGAUCAAUAAUGUAAAAUAAUAAAUAACACAUUAUUUUGAAAAUUAAAUAAAAUGUAUUUGUGUUACGAACUGCUCCAAGACUUGGGUUGAAGAUCCAAACGCAGCUUUAAUAAGGGUAAUCCACAAUCAUAAUCCAAAUACCAGGCAAAGGGUCAAACAAUCCACACAACAGAGUCCAAAACUCAAGCAAACAGGGAAAUCGAGGAAA